GUUGGUAAAAGAGAGGGGUGGCCAGGAGAUAGGGCUGAGGUUUACCUCUUGCAGUACCUGUAUUACCACAGUUUGAGGUUAUGUGAAAAAAUUGAUGCUCCCGAUUUUUCUGACUGACAUAGCAAGAGUGUACCUCAGUUAUGAGAAAAAAGGAUUGCUGCUGGCAGCUUACACAACAUGAGGAAUAGUGCAUGAAGAACACAUGGCUGUGUUGCAGUUUGCCCUGGAGCGUGCCCACCCUGCCCACCAUGCAAAGUGUAUCGCAGGGAUUGUUUCCCAUGUCUUCACCUACCACCAGUACCUAGGUGUAAACAGUUGGUACCUCCUGAACAUCAUGAUGCAGAACAGAUUCGAUAUGCAAAGGCCAUGGCAGUUGCCAGGCCUGAGAGACCUGCACCGACCUGCCAUCGAGCUGGAAUUCCGUGUCGAAUGUGUCGCUGUGAUUGGUGUGGAUAUUGCUGUUAACAAAAUACUAAGAAAGAGAUGUGACUUGAAAAAGAAGAGGCUCUUGUUUCAGUAUAAGACAAUAAAUAAUUAAGUGUGUAUACUU